AUGCGCGCCCGUUACUGCGACGCCGAGGGCAGGGAGUGGUUCUCACAGCGAAGAGCGUUCCUUAAUGAGCUGGACGUUCUAUUCACCGACAUCAAAGACCACAAGAAAAUGGACCUAAAGACGAUCGAGGACAGUAUCGCAUCGGAAAAGGAGGCGUGGUAUCGUUGGGUGCUACGCAUGUACCCGCGAUUCCUCUCAACAGGAGACAGCGGGGCGGACCCCGAUGAGCUGAGAGCAAUGCUGGACGACCCUGUUAAGAGACGGGAAGAACUCAUUGAGAGGAUCUGGGAGGGUGUCGGAAAACCAGCUAACUGGGAAGCCGAUGUGGAUUCGCUGACUGAGAAGAUUGCGACUGUCAGGAAUGAUGCAGCGGCUUUGAAGCAGCUCUACAUCACUUUUUUCUUCAAGGAUUCAAAAACAGGAGAAGUUGUAGAGAAUGCACAGCCAUACCUGGAAGCAUACGAGACAAGCGACGCCAUGUCGAUUGAGCAAGUAAUCGACCGCAUCGCCCAAGACCUCAAAGCGAGCCUCACGACGGAACCACAACGCGAUACCCACAGGAGUCGUCUUGAUGAAUUGCGCAGGGCCAAGAUGGCGUUUGAGCAGAACAGGCUGCAGAAUAAGAGUCGAGCUCAGGCAAGCCAAACGCCAGCCAUAUCUGAUUACUUGUACGAUCUACCGCCAUGUUCCGUUUGUGCGAAAUCGAUGGACCCGAAGAAUGUCCUUUCAUGUCCACUUUGCCAAGCACUUGUCCAACUCGGUGGCCGACAAAAGAUGACGGUUUACUGCUCGGAUGAAUGCUUAGACAAGGGCUUUAACGACCAUGUUGAUAAGGAGCACGACUGCGAGGCGGGGGAUAGAUGUGCGCAAUACGACUACGAGGACAUAGAGAUGGGAGAAGACGCAACAUCCAAGGCUGUGGUUUGCAAGGACUGCAUCGACCAGUGCGACAUUCGAGAGCAAGGGUCGGUAGAGGGCGAUGGAAAAGCUGCAGUAUACUGCUCAAUAGAGUGCGCAAAGCCGAAUAUUGGGAGACACAGAGAAAGCAAGCACAUGACAUCGGCUGCUGGUUAUGAGGUUAGUAACCUUGCGCUGCCACUCUGGGAGACGGCCGAAAAGAUAUUGAAGGAGGGGAACCCGGGGUUGAAGUUCUCGCUGGUCGACGCUAUAGAAACCCAUCAACCACCUGCACCACCUCCCCCAGCACCCUCAAAGACUUUCACUAUUGACUUUGAAGUUUCUACCCAAACAGAGGUAGAUGACAACUUUGACAACCUGCGCGAUACCCAUUCUCAAUUCAUGGACUCGAUGUUCCCUUUGGAUGGCGAUACAGAUCUCAGUAGUCUUGAAGACUCACCUCUCACUUCCUUUCCUACGCCUUCGUCGUCUCAUACGCAUUCGAUACAGUCUCUACAUGCGAAACCUCAAUUCAACCUUGAUUCGGCCGAGUCAUUGCUGGAUUCCUUCAGGAGAAUGCUAAUCCACUACCCUUGUAUUGUGUUGAUGCCAGAAGAGACAGUAGCAAGUCUUGCUGCGACGAAGCCUUUUGUUCUGUUGGCUAUUCUAGCUGCUGCUUCCGGGUCGCGGACUUUACAAGGACACACUCUCUAUGAUGAAGAGUUCCGCAAAGUUCUGGGCCUCAAGUUUGUCGCUGGUGGUGAGAGGAGUAUGGACUUGCUACAAGGCAUCUUGAUAUACUGCGCUUGGUAUCCAUUCCAUCUCAGACCAAAGAACAGACAAGCUUUCCAAUACUAUCGCAUGGCCGGUGAUCUCAUAACUGAUCUCGAACUGGACCAAGAACCAGCCCAUCUUGGCAGCGCAAUCCCUGGGGAAAUGAGCAGUGCGCAGCUCGACCGGCCACGGGUGUAUCUGGCAUACUACUACGCCAUGUCAAAGUAUGUCCUCCAAGAAACGCACCAGGACCAUAUCACUCACAGAUCCGACAGCUUCAUGUAUAUGUUCAAGAAGAAGGACCUGAUUCCCGCGUGGACAACCUGGGCAGAUGCUUGCUGUAACAUUUUGCAACGACAUGCCGAGGUUGAUGGGGAUGUUUCGUUGAGUUAUCUCGCCAGGCUGGCGAACAUGACCAAUACAGCGAAUAGUUCUAUACGCGACAAUGAUCCUCAGGUGAAUCAGCAAGUCCAACUCGUGCUGCUUGGGCUGGAGACCCAGCAUAGAGAGAUGAAGGAAACUAUGGUGCCGCAUCUUUCACGCUCUGCGCCCGUGAAGCUCGCUUCUCUAUUCUUUGAAAUCUUCCUCCAAGGUGGUCCCAUAUUCUAUCUCACACGCAUCAACACCAAAAAGCCUAGCUUCGUCGACCCAUCGCCAACCCGCCUCGUUCGCUGCGUGAACAACAUCCGCACUCUCUUUGACCACCUCACGAACCUCGAGAACUUUACGUGUUUCACCAGCGUUGAUUGGACAAAGUUCAUUCUAUGCGUCAUCCUCGCAGUCUGUCUCUCAUUCCCCAUUGCUGAUGUUCCGGACUGGGACCAUACAUGGGCGCGCUCACAGCUACGUUUUGACGAGUUUCUCGAAACUAUGACCGAGGGCCCUGAAGAUCUCACACCGGCGAGUAAACGUGUGGAUAUUCUUUCUGCAAGCCGCGUUAUCAUGCGAGUACUCAAGACGAAAUACAACCGACGUGUCGCCAUACUUACAGCACCAGUUUUGAACGAGCCUCUGGGACAUCAAGGGUGCCCCAUGUUUGAUAAAGACAUGCAACCUUACCUAACAGCGUGGGACGUGGACUUUGACGCCCAAUCUGUACUCCCCACGCCGAAUAUCAACACCGAAGGACAGCAACCCAUGUAUCAUGACCUCUGGGCGACCAUGACCAUGAGCUGGGCGAAUGAUGCUGACACAAUGGGGUCUUGA